AACACACCGCCCGCCCGUCCACACCACACUACACGGCCACACCCCCCGUCCGUACCUUCCUCUCCCCCCGCGCAUCCCCCCAGCAGCGACAGCCAUGGCCGAGGGCAUGGAAGGCGUCGUCAGCGAGGGCGAGCAGCCCCAGCCGGAGAGCGUCGAGCAGAAGACCAUCGCGGACAUCCGCGCCAACUUCGUGCUGCUCGAGCGCGCCGUGGCCCAGUUCGACUCGCGCUUCACCCUGCGCGCCCUGCGCUCCAUCUCGUCGCUGCGCAAGCGCCUGACGGACCGCGUGCUGUGCUCCGUCAUCAUCCUCAGCUACUCGCCCAACAAUGCCACGGCCCGCACCUUCAUCGAGUACAUCGGCAUGGACGGCCAGGCCAUCCAGAGCGUCGUGGCCCAGUACAAGGACGAGGUGCAGGCCAACAAGACCAGCACAAAGGAGCCCAUGCCCGAGAUCGACGUCUACAUCGCCAUCCUCAUCCAGGUCUACCUGUACGACCAGAAGGACCACGACGAGGGCUCAGAGUUCUCCGAGAAGCUCGUCGACAAGAUCCGCGAGCUGAACCGCCGCACCCUCGACUCGCUGGCCGCCAAGGCCUACUUCUACUUCGCCCUCUUCCACGAGGAGAUGGACCCCAAGCCGCCCUCGAAGCAGUCGCCCGUCAUCGCCAUCCGGGGCAAGCUGCUCGCCGCCCUGCGCAGCGCCGUCCUGCGCAAAGACCCGGACACGCAGGCCUCCGUCACCACCCUGCUGCUGCGCAACUACCUCUCCACCGCCGACAUCACACAAGCCGAUCUGCUCGUCGCCCAGACGCAGUUCCCGCCCAACGCCCCCAACAACCAGGUCGCCCGCUACCUCUACUACCUGGGCCGCAUACGCGCCAUCCAGCUGUCCUACACCGAGGCCCACGAGCACCUCGUCAGCGCCACCCGCAAGGCCCCGUCUGCCGGCGUCGCCACGGGCUUCUACCAGGCCUCCAUGAAGCUGCUGAUCGUCGUCGAGCUGUUGAUGGGCGACAUCCCCGAGCGCGACGUCUUCAGCCAGCCCCGUCUUGAGCGUGCUCUGGAGCCCUACUUCCGCCUUGUUCAGGCAGUCCGCGUCGGCGAUCUGCAGGGCUUCCUGAAGAUCGUCAACACCUUUUCCUCCACAUUCCACCGCGACGGCACCUACACGCUGAUUCUCCGUCUGCGACAAAACGUCAUCAAGACGGGCAUCCGCAUGUUGUCCCUGUCCUACUCGCGCAUCUCUCUCCGCGACAUCUGCAUCCGCCUUGGCCUGGAGAGCGAGGAGUCGGCCGAGUACAUCGUAGCCAAGGCCAUUCGUGACGGCGUAAUAGAAGCCUCGAUCGACCACGAGAAGGGCUUCAUGCAGACUAAGGUGGCUGGAGACAUCUACGCGACUCGUGAACCCGGCGAGGCAUUCCACGAGCGUAUUCGAGCCUGCUUGACGCUGCACGACGAGUGUGUCAAGGCUAUGCGAUACCCCAUGAACCAACACCGCUUGGAGCUUAAGAAUGCACAGGAGGCUAGGGAGCGGGAACGGGAGCUUGCCAAGGAGAUUCAGGACGGUGACAUUGACGAUGACGAUUCGGGCGGUGACUUUGAGGGCUUGUAGAGGUGGAGGAUGGUUCUUCGAUAUGUGAGAUGGUCACUUUCUGGCGUGCAUCAUAGACUAGCGUGUCAGAUCAUAUUCACGAAGCAUGAUUAGGACGAAUCAGACAGAGGAUUCACAAAGCAUUGAUUACGUACAUGGUGAACCGUGAAGAUGAAAUAAGAACGGCGCUACGUUGAGACAGCUAGAUCCCUGUGACGAUCGCACCUGGACUAACCGGCUGCAGCGAAAUCCGUCGAUUAGCCUCCGCAGGCGUCAUCAGCUCAUGACAUGUCCCCGCAUCAAGUCGGUACU